AUGCGGUCCGAUUGUCGUGGGGUGUUUGCUUUAUUUCCUUUAUUAUUUUUCUCACUUUUAGCGGCUCCCCCACCCCUACGAGCAGUGCCUGCCGACAUCACCUAUGAGACAAGCGCAUUCGAACCUCACUGGACUCCUCAGCCAUCUCUGUUACAGAAGAUUCCUCGCCGACCAGACGCUUCACCUUCUCAAGAAAGUCAUGAAGUGGUGGAUAUAGGAACGGUCAUACUCCGGAAAGCAAACCUAGUUCUGGACCGUUUGAUCAGUGCUGGUGAAAGGACUCGAGGUCUUAAAGUGGACAAACACAUCACCUGGGGUAACAUCAACUAUGAACCUAGAUUGACGGAACAACGCGAACAAAUAGCAAGAAGGACUUUCCGAUUUAGGGCUGUUUACAGAUUAGCUAGCAAAUCCGAGAAAGAUCGCAUGGACGAGAUCUUAGGCAAGCAACCAGACGAGAUCGUUCAGACCAUCUCGAGAAUUGAUCGACUUUGUGACAUCGUAUUCCACGGAGAUGCUAAAAACCCCGCUGUUGAGCAAAAGAUUCUUCAAGAAACUCAAUGGUUUCAGGAGAGGUUCGACGGCAUAUUCGAUGCUGUCCACUCCGAGCAGAUUGAGGAAAUGAUCCUGAAGGAAACAAAUUCAAAAAGGAUGAUUCCGUCCAUUACCAUUCAAAACUUCCACGAGAAACUCGCUGCGAUUAAGGAGUUGAACCAGAAAACUUCAAUCUUAAAACUGCAUCGAAAACUUGAUCAAGCCAUUGGAAGAUAUUACAAUUCAGUCAGAUACGACCAACCUAUUAAACAGUGGGAUCAAGAUAAACAAUCGAUUGAGGAGUGGGAUCAAAAAGCUUUGAUUUCAAGCUUGUAUCCAAAACUCGACGCAUUAUUUCGACAACUUGCUAUCGAACGGGGGUAUUACCUGGGACAAUACCACCCACCGUCUGCAAAAUGGGAUCAAGAGACCUUGAUUCUGAAGUUACCUGCAACACUUGAGGACGUUUAUCGAGGACAGCAUUCCGACCUCCAGUACUUCCCAGUGGGUUAUGACCCAUCGAUCAAGAACUGGGACCAGGAGGCUUUAAUAGCAAAUUUUCACAUAAAACUUGACGAAGCGCUUUCCAAACUUCGAAUUAACGAGGAGCCCGAUUCUGCCCAGAAAUCUGACUGGAAACGAAUUUUUGACUGUUUGGCAUGGCUGAUUUGA